CAACAGCGAUAUAGCGAAAUCUGAAAUAGUUGAUUAACCGAUAGCCCAUCCAAUAACCAUAUAAAAAGUAAUAAGAUGUCUAGUAGGAAUUAAAAGGCAAACCUAGUAAUUGUAUAAGAAUGUGAAGAUGUCUUCAACUAAAUCCAACAAUGAAGAGAUUUCCAAAAUAUCAUUGUUUCAUAUAACUUCUGCCAGUUUCUUUGCUGUGAUUUUAAGAUACUGUUUGAUGAUAUCAAAAUACCAAACUGUCAUUGCAAAUCACAUCGAAGUCUCAACUCCACUAAAUUCGUGGAAGAGGGUGUCUGAAGGAUUGUAUUUAUUAUCAAACAACAUUAACCCAUACAAUGGAGAUUUGUUACACGAAACGCCCUUUUCUCUGUAUAUCUACAAAAACAUUUUGCUGCUGUUCCAGGGAAGAACUGACUUGAUGUUUAUCACCUUCGAUAUUAUCACGGGAUGGAUUUUAUAUCUUGUAACAAGACUGUAUGUCAAUGAGUUAUAUAAAAAUGAAGAAGUAACUCGAAAGACAUAUGCCAAGGAUGCAGUUGACAAUCUACUAAAACCAGAUAAAGUGUUAAUGUUUCCCUAUUAUGCUUUGCUCUCAUUUUUGUUCAACCCUUUCACCUUACUGAGUUGUGCGGGACAUUCGACCACUGUGUUCCAUAACUUGUUUUUGUCAUUGCUCCUGCUUUCCAUGGUACAAGGAAUUCCAAUAGUAUGUGGAAUAUUUCUAGCUUUGUGUUCUUCAGUGUCAUUUUAUCCGGUGGUUCUAGUAAUUCCAGUUUUUCUCUAUUUUUCAAAUGUGCACAAUAGCACUUUCAAAGCUCUCUUCACUGUGAAAAUAUUUUUAUUGAGUGCAUUUCUUAUUGUUGCGUUUUGCACUGACUUAUUACAGGACUUUGGUUAUUUGAAGAAUGUUUAUGGUUGUAUCCUAACCGUUCCUGAUUUACAACCGAAUAUUGGCUUAUUUUGGUACUUUUUCACUGAGAUGUUUGAUCAUUUCAGGGAAUUAUUUAUAUUUGCAUUUCAGAUAAAUGCAUCAGUGUUAUAUCUAGUACCUUUGUCGAUCAAGUUUCGAAAGCAGCCGUUUUUACUAACGGUAGCAGUCCUUUUUCUAAUUUCGAUAUUUAAAUCAUAUCCAAGUAUAGGUGAUGUAGGAUUUGUGUUCAGUUUGCUUCCUUGCUUCACACAUUUGUUCAAGUACAGUCAACAAGGUUUUUUAGUGGGGGUUAUAUUACUUGUUUCAACAUCCCUUGCACCAAUAGUGUGGUAUCUAUGGAUUUACUGCAACUCUGCAAACGCAAAUUUUUAUUUUGGAGUUACUUUGGCGUUUGCUAUUGCGCAGAUAUUCUUAUUGACUGAUCUUCUGUUUGCGCAAGUGAAAAGGGAGUUCAUUUUGAAACAUGGAAAAGAUAGAACAGUUGAUGGAGAAGACGGAAUUCUAUGUUUAGAAUAGUUGUGUUAGAUUUUGUAAUUAAAAGAUUUUCCAGUA